GGUUGGGAGUUCGGGGGUCCUGAGCCUAAGCUGUCAGGAUCAGGAAGCCAGUCUAUCUUUUUUGAAAUCACUACAGACUUAGUGCACACACAUCGGGGACAUCCAAAACACAUAAAGUUAUAGAAUGGGUUUCAAGAGGAAGCCAGGAAAUAAAGGGAUGCCCUGAACUGAACAUUUGAAUGGGUAACCUACGAUUGUAGAGCAUGAGCCGGCCAGCUACUUUACUUCAGGAAGAAUUGCCACCCAGGAACAUGAAGUCUGAUUCCCAUUAGGCUAAGAUACAUAAAAUUAUCACUCUGCAAGCCAAAAAUAGCGGAGUGGUGCCAGUUUGGUACCGCUCAACCCAGAGUUCCACCGGCUCUGCUCUGUAGACCUUAGAGAUAGCCGUGGUGUCUCACACAUCUUCCGUGGCUGAUGCCUACUUUACCUAGUUCAUGGAGAUUUUGCAAGCACUGAUCCAAACUACAGAAUGUGUACUAAUUACCUGUUAUCAAUAGUACCUGGAAAGUGACGCUGAUACCACCACAGCCCUUACUCCCGAAGGGUUCGCAGGUCAACAAAAGGGACACGGAAACAGAGUUGGCAGUGAUAAGCAAUGCGAGCGACUUAGCUGUGGGGUAUUAGGAAGGUAAACAUCCGGCAUCACUGGCAAGAACCGGUGAGCAAAGAUGUGCAGCUGUGGAAGCCGGUGGGCACGGAUGAAAGACAGCUGUGCCCUAUGACCUAAAGCUACAGCGUGAGGAGGCGGAGGGAAAGGAUAGAGGCCAAGGGGGAGCCAAGGACGCAGCAGCAGUGGGUAGCAGAGGGUCACAGGUAAUAAAAGCUGGGGCCAUAAAGACAGCUCGUGCUUAAAAGCACGUGGCGCGCUUCCAGAAGACCCCAGUUUGUUUUCCAGGAUCUGUGUAAGGGAGCUCCCUCCUGGUCUCCUAGGGCAAACACAGGGCUCUCUCUCUCUCUCUCUCUCUCUCUCUCUCUCUCUCUCUCUCUCUCUCUCUCUCUCUCUGUGUGUGUGUGUGUAAAUAAAUAUAAUAAUUUAAAAAAUACUAAGUGCCUCUUUUCAGAAAUUUUUCCAGGAAUAACAGCAUCCUCUCCUCUUCUCACCCUCUUCUCGCUUCUCCUCGCGGGUGAUUGUCUGGACUCAUUGAUUUGUCACGUUUCUCCAGGGAGCACUUCCUUUCCCUCCCCAGGAGAGGGAAAUUUCACAGCAGUGGGAGGAAGGAAAGAGAAAGUAACUCAGCUCUGCUCAAGCGGAGGAGGUAGCUUUCACUGCUGCUUUCCCUUCCUGUGUAUCUUUUAUUCCGACUUCCGCCAGAAAAGGAAGUGAAACCACCCAAGAGGUGCCCAAGAAGGCAGAGGGUUGGUGUAAGAGACCCACUGUGCGUCAGCGCUGUCCUGUGAUGAAGUCACACUGUGUUAGAAAGCUUCCUCUUCUAUCAGCUAAGACCAGGUGAUGGUUUCAACGGGACAUGACCUACAAUCGCUAGAGAAAAAGAGACUAACCAAUUGGGGCAGGCGUGUGCAGCGGGCCACACUGUAUGGAUGGCUUUGGGGAUUGUCUUGGUUGGGUUAGUGGAUGUGGAGGGAUCUAGUCCACUGUGAGUGGCCGAUUCCCUGGUUGGGAGAGGGGGAAGGUCCUGACCACUAUAGAGAUGGAGAGAAAUGGAACUGAACACAAAAGGCCAGCAUGUAAGCAUUCGUUUUCUUCCCUUGGCUGCGAUGCGAUGUGAAUACUGUUUAAAGUUCCUGCCUUGACUUCUCCCAUAGGACUGUAUAACCUGAAAUUGGGAGCGUAAGAAAAAGCCAUCCGUUUCCCAAGUUGUUUUUUGUUGGUGUGUUUUUAUCACAGCUGUAGAAAUAAAACUAGGGCAGAUCAUUUGGGGACACUGCUUCUUUCUGUGAACUAGCAAUAUGUCCUUGCGAUCCCAUCACAGACUCAUGAAUCUUCCCAUGUUAGACCAUAAAGGCUUGACAAAAUAGUAAACUAUGACUUGAGGCCCUGGAAUUCAGCAUCACCCCAUUCUAUCAACGUCUCCCAUGCCUCCAGGGACAGAGCUUGUUAUCAGAUCUGGCUUCACUUACAAUUAUUAGUAUAGCCUUUGCCAAGCUAUCCCUCUGGCAAGAGGUGAGCUACUGUUUACUCACCCCUAAAAGGAAGACAAUCAUAUCCAAACAGCUAAUGAAAAAGCCCGUGGCUCACUUAUGAUGGAUGGCCAAAGCAGUGCAGAAGCAGUCACCGCCACUCUCCUCACUGAAGAGUCUGUCCUAAGGGUUAGAGAUGGCUCAGCAGUUAAGAGUGCAUACUGUUCUUGGGCCUGGAUUUAGUUGCCAGAACCCACAUGUGGCAACUCACAACCACUGGUAAAUCCAGUUCCAGGGAUCUGAGAUCCUCUUCUGGCCUGUGUAGGCACACACCCACACAUGCAUGGUGUGCAUAAACUCACACAGACAUAUAAGUACAUAUACAUUUUUUAAAGCAAUAAGUAUAUUUUUGUAGAGUCUGAUUUAUUGUAAACUCCUUGCUCACCCUUCUUGACCUUCAGAUGUCUCUUGUGCGGCAGCCAUAGAUUUUGUGUUGUUGUUUGUUUGUUUUUAAAAGGCCGGGACACAAAGCUCAGUUGGUAGAGUUUUUGCUUAGCACGAGUCCUGGGUUCAAUCCCCAGCAUCCCAGAAACUAGGUGUGAUGGAAGCCUGUGCUUCUAGCACUUGUGAGAUCAAGUCAAGAGGGUCAGAAGACCCAGACUGAGUCACUAAAGUGGUACAGUGGGUAAAGGCGCUUCCUGCUACAUCUGCUAACUUAAGUUUGAUGCUUGGGACCCAGGUAGUACAAGAGAGCAGCGGGCCUUGCAAGUUGUCCUAUUAUCCAUUAUUCAUGGCACAUGAGUAACAAAUGAAUGUAAUUUUAAAAAGUCCUCUACUCCGUGACUUGUAUCAAUGUCUGGGAUAUGUAAAUUUCUGUCUAGAAGAGGAGGAGGAGGAAAGGAAAGAAUGGAGAGAGGGAAGAAAGGGAUGAAAGAAGGAGGGAGAGGGAGGGAGGUAAGAAAGAGAAAUGAAAAAAAAAGUCAAAUCACAUAUUGCUUAAAACUUUUCUUUGGCUCCUUCUGUCUUUUAAGUUGAGACCAAGCUGCUUCCUUUGGCUUCUUGAGCCCAGCCAAACAUGCCUCCUGCUCUCUGCCAUCUCUAACCCCACCACUAUGUUCCUGAGAACCUACUAUGGUUCAGCCAGACUCCCCCUGUUCUUUAAGCAGAUUGAGCCUGUCUUGACUUGACCCCUUAACCAGGAGUGUUCUUUGCCCAGAAGGUGUUUCUUUCUGCCCCACCCUGACCUCCCUUGCACCUUGUGGAUGGACCUUUGACGUAAGUUGGGACUGCACUUCCUCAGCACCUGCUCUGCUCCAGGUUCCUGAGUCCGUGCUCAGGAAGAUUGUAUUUGCCAGAAUAUUACUCAACAGCUUCCUCCCGAUGUGGAGUAAACUUCGGAAGGCAGAACUUUGACUGAUUCACCACUGCAGCCCCAGCACCUAGCCUAGGAACAAACUGUUUGGCUUAUUAUUGGCAUCAUCAUUAGACAGCCCUCUGUGCACAGACCCAAGCCUAUCACUGCUAUGACCUCAAGAGACCUCAGUGAAGUUAGGUUUCCUUGAAAUGAAUUCCAAACCAUUUAAUUACUUUCUUUAGGGUCAGAGGUUGAAUUUCCUCUUUUCGAUAUUAUCCAACUUUUCCAAGUUGAGUAUACAUGUCUAGUAAAAGUUUUCUAAAGGACCUUGCAUUUUAAUGGGAUUGGUUACAGGAAAUCAAUCUGCUUCACCACAUUUUCAAAGCAAGAUUCUCACUAAGAAAAGUCAGCAGCCAAACCAACAUUCUGAUGACCUAUCAACAGCUUUGGUCAGUGAAGGGAAUUGCCUGACACGUAAGAGGGCAGGAGUGUCUAAAGGACUUGCUGGUUGACCAGAGGUAGAUAAUACACCCAACUGAAAAGAAAAUCUUCACAUGCUGUCCCAUGGGCUCAUGCUGAUGGUACACAGUCCCUGACCUAAAAUGGCAAUGCAGUAUUUGUUUAACGUAACUUCCUACAGCCAAAGAGGCCACCACACACAUUUGUACUUUGGAAAUGAUUACAGCUCACACUUUUUUUUUUGUUUGAGACUCAGAACUAUGGGGUUUCUCAUGCUGACACUCAAGGGCUUUGCGAAGUGUGUGACUGGCCCACAUUCAACCUCAUACACUUUGUACUGUUCCUACAAACAUGACCCCAGCUCUUUUCUCACUGUGUCUGGAGUGUUUUAAUUGGCCAUCAAACUGGUCUUCUUUACUCUCUUUUUCUUGGGAUGGCCCUUUACAGAGUCAGAAGACUAUGCUCACAAAGCACAUUGAAUGUUUCUCAAUAUUUUAAAAGCUUCCUGCUAUCAGCCAGGCAUGGUGGUACACACUUUGGUCUCAGCACAUUGGAGCCAGAAGUAGAUGAAUCCCUGUGAGUUCAAGACCAACCUUGUCUACAUGGAGAAUUCCAGGCCAGCCAGGGGCUACAUAGUGAGACCCUUGCUUCAAAAAAAAUAAAUAAAUUUUAGAAGUUUCUCACUAUUAGAGGCCUUUACUCACAGCCCUUUGCACACUGCUCCCAACAUAACGCAUCAAAACUUUACGUAGUCUAAACUGGACUGCAAACAUAAUUCGAACAAGCAGUUGAAAACAACAUACAUAUAUACAUAUACAUACAUGCAUGUGUACAUAUAUACAUACAUACAUUUUGAGGAUGGUCUCAAAAUCACAAAGAUAUAUUGUCUUCUGCUUCCAGGGAGAUGGGAUUAAAGGAGUGUAUCACCACACCUCACCACAACUUACAUUUCUGUGCUCAUAGUAAUCAUGAAUCAAUCAAAAAAUCCAAGUAUAAAAUAUUAAAAAGUAAAAUUUAGAAAAUAGCUGUAGGCAAAUCUUCUUUCAGUCAUAGAUGUGAAUGAUAUCCUAAAGCAAGGCACAAAACUCACAAUUCUUAAAUGCAAAUACCAUUUCCAUAUGAUAUUUAGAAAUUAGAUAUUUCCACACGAAAUUUAUCAAUUAAGAUUUCAUUUAAAAGCCCAAGCACCAAGGCACAACGUUUCAAUAAGCAUUGCUGACGGAGGUGACUUUCUUAACUGUAUCUCAUUAUUGUGAUAAAAUACUUGGUAGAAGCCACUCAAGAAGAAAAGGUUCAUUCCAGCUCACAGGUCAGGUAGUACAGCCCAUCACAGUUGAGAAUGCAUGGCAGCAGGAAUACUGAUAUAGCUGUUCACACGGUAGCCUCACCCAGCAAGCAGAAAGCUGUGAAAGCCAGUGUUCGGCCCAUUCUCCCCUUUGAAUUCAGUCCAAGACCCACAACACACGGAAUAGUGUCCUCAAAAUAUUCCUGUUUUUCAGAAAGAUAAGUGUGUCAAAGGUGACAACAACUAUGGCAGCCUCAGGCCGUGGGGGUGGGAAACGGGAGAGGGAGAAAAUUCAUCUAGACUGUCAGCCAACUACAAACCAACACACACCUUCGGAGGUUGCAUGGAAAUAGCUAUUAAGUCAUGAAGUGCAUGCACCUCUUGAUCCAGUGGCAAAUUCCACUACUGUAAAACUGGUGUUACCAAUGAACUUUGACAUUUUCUAAGAAUCGUGCACAUGCGCCACCCUCCUUCGGCUGGACUACUGACGUGAACAGAGGAAAAAAAAAAAAAAAAAACACUAGAAAGAGCCAAGUGUUAAGCAAGAAGGGACUGAUAAAAAUAAAUUUAUAGGAUGGAAAGCAGAAAACACUCGGGAUACAGUGUUAAUUUUAGAGAAUGGAAACGGGGGCUCAUGAAACAUUUGUAGUAUCAUUCUACUUUCUACUUAGAAAUAGAUACAUGUGUGAGAUUUCAGCAUGGAAGGAAGAAAAAAAGUGAUAGCAUAGAUACUUCCUAGACAUUUACCUACUUUCUAAGGGCACUCAUCUAUCCUUUCAGAAAAAUCAGAAAAAUAUUUGCCUGCAAAAAACAAAACAAAACAAAACAAAACCAAAAAAAAAAAAAACCAAACAAAAAAAACCCAAAAAACAACAAAACGACUCUUCUACAGAAGAGAUGGUCUGUUCUGUUUUCUUAGAUAUUCUAUAUUCCAGAAAAGGCAUCACUGGGCGUCCGUUUUAAAGAUUACAUCUAUAAGACAGUAAUUAAGUAUAACUCUGAAAGGACUGCUCUGUUGGGAAUGUGUCUGGAGGAGAAGGCUACACACACCCACACAUUCCAUUCAGAUUGCUUCAUUUGCAUAACUUCAUUCAUUCAUCAGCUACUGUAACCAGUGCUGCUUAAUAGGAGCUACUACAGUAUAAAUAGAACUGCAGCCUGACUGCAUUAGCACAAGGGCUCACUGCAGGAAAGUACAUCCUUUAAGACCAGCUAUCUCCCAUCACUAUUAAGAAACCUGAAAAAUGAGACCUAGAAUGAAGUAUUCGAACUCCAAGAUUUCCCCGGCAAAGUGCGACAGCACAUCAGGCAGAGCCCUGGUCCCGCCUUGCAAAAUCACAAGAUCCCAACAGAAGACCAAAGAUAUCUGCCAUGUCUACUGCAUGAGGCUCCGUUCUGGCCUCACCAUAAGAAAGGAGACCUGUUAUUUUGGAAAAGAACCCGCCAAAAGAUAUUCACUAAAAUCAGGUAGCAAGCAUGAAGGGAGGCUCUCUACCUGUUUACCAGAUUCUAGGAAGAGAUCCCUGCUUGGCAGUAUCCAAGCGUUUGCUGCAUCAGUUGACACACUGAGUAUCCAAGAUUGUAAGAAGGUAAAGAAGGGAACUGUCUUCCUCGUUCCUACCCCCACUGUGCAGGAAGCUAACACCUUUAAUCCCACCCUGGGAUCAGGAACUUCACUGCUAACAGAAUCUUGUGCCCUGAGCACAUACAACGACCAAUCUGUUAGUUUUGUUUUGGAGAAUGGAUGUUACGUGAUCAAUGUUGAAGAUUGUGGGAAAAACCAAGAAAAAGAUAAGGUGCUACUCCGUUACUACGAGUCUUCCUUUCCUGCACAAUCAGGAGACGGUGUGGAUGGGAAGAAGCUGAUGGUGAACAUGAGUCCUAUCAAAGACACAGACAUCUGGCUGAAUGCCAAUGACAAGGACUACUCUGUGGAGCUCCAAAAGGGUGAUGUCUCUCCGCCAGAUCAGGCCUUCUUUGUUCUUCACAAAAAGUCCUCUGACUUCGUUUCAUUCGAAUGCAAGAAUCUUCCUGGCACUUACAUAGGAGUAAAAGACAACCAACUGGCUCUGGUAGAAGAGAAUGAUGAGAGCUGUAACAAUAUCAUGUUUAAGCUCUCUAAGAUGUAACGUAAUAAAAGGUCUGUGCCUUCUGGGUUAAAUGGUUCAAUGCUUCCAACUGAAGAAAGGCCAACAGAGAGAAAGAAAGCCGUUCUUGGUUUAAGAUGAUGUGAAAUGUUAUAUAGAAGAUUUUCUCUUAUUUCCUUUUGUAGAGCUGCAUGUUCAACAAAGACGUGAUUCUAUGACUUAGGGCAAUUGGUAAAGAAACAGAUUCAGUCCUGCCCUUUCCUUUUCUCUGCUUUGAGUCCUGCAUGAAAUCACACUCACAGACCUGUUCAGAAGAGCACGCACCACAGCUCACGUUUUGCUUUCAAAAAUCUUCAUCAAAAGAAAACAACAAAACAAAACUAAAAAAAUAAAAACCCUACACAAUUUUCCCUGGUUCUAAGCCAAAGAUUGUAAUACUAGAGCAGUUGGGGGGGAGGACCAGCUAGAGGGAGGACCAGCUAGGGGGAGGACCAGCUAAGGGGAGGACCAACUGCCCCAGAGACUGUUCAGAAUAAAAUGCCAAAUGCAUCGCUAUAUGCCCCAGGCACCCCUCAGAUCAGCCCUUUCUGUCAAGAACCCUAGCACUCCAGAUGUCUACAUGUCUAGACAGACAAGUCUGUGUUUGUGAAGUGGAGUGAUAUUACCUGCGCUUGUUUCCUUCUUAAAAUUCCAUUUUUUUUUCAACACAGCAACUUAACUUUAAGCAAGCCAGCUUACAUUAGGAAACGAAACACAUUUUAGUUCGCACCUGUGACUGAAAUCAUUGACGAUAUUUAACAAACUUCAAGUCUUCUGUAAGAACUAACCAGGGACAUACACUAGGGUAUCUCAAUAGCAUGGGAUCCCAUGGUGCAGUCAGAAGUCCUCUUACUAGAAAGACACUAAAUUGACCUCAACUUUUCAAUAGCUGGUUAUUGCCUAUGUUUGUGGCAUGCUGUGUCCUUCUCGCUGACUUCCGAAGAGCUGAGGCUUUCGAUGCACCCAUCUACUUGGAUGAAAUGUCUCUGCUGCCUGUCUGCUUGCUUUCCUUCCACACAAGUUCUGUUCUGCCCCUUCUUUGGUUCUUUUGACCAACAUAUCCGUAACAGGUCUCCUUCUCACUAAGCAUUGUUUCUGUUUUCUCUGAUGUCUAUACGCCAUCCGCUGUAUUUAGUCUGCAAUGCAGAAUUUUACAUAGACUUACUGGUUACAAGCUUGUUCCUUAAACUUUGUGUAUGUUUAAGUGUUACUAAAGUAGUACUAAAGAAAGGUUUGUAUUCAACCACGUAGUAAUAUUUCAAGCUACUAAAGGAAUAGUUUUACCUAUUUAGACAACAGCAAUUUCUACUACAUUUUUUAUAAGCUUAAAACUCACUAUGUAUACAAUAGCCGGUGGGGUGUAGAACAAAAGAGGCCAGGAACCACCGUAUACAAUUAGAGCGGGUAUAAUUGUUUCAUUAAUUUGUCACAGUUUUACUGUAAAGGAAAGUAGAGGCAGAAUCUUUAUACUCCCCCCGAAAACCACAAUGCUGACUCUAUGAAUCUGCACGCCAUCCUUAAAAUAGUAAUUAAGUAGCCAAAUGUGUUCUUGACGUUGUUCACAACUUUGAAUAAACUAAGUUUCAAAGCCA